AUGCCCUACCUGCUCUCCAACGACUUCCAUCAUCAAGCCUUCAUCUACAGGUUCGAGAGGAUGAGAUCAGUGGUCAUCGAUCAUCUCAACAUCUGCAAGGGCAAGGGCAUGACCUUCAUGGAGAGUUGGAACGCAAGCUUGACACACAUUGUUGACAUGUCCAAGAGCUAUAUACAUCUCCACAUGAUUGAGAUCAGUCACAGGAUGAUCCAGAAGUGCUCUGAUCCAAUCACCAAGCAUGUACUCAAUGAUCUGAUCAAGUUGUACGCCAUGUCCAACAUCGAGCAGGACUUUGGCUUCUUUAGAAACUGGAACUAUCUCUCGGGUGGCAAGGCAUUGGCACUGAGCGAGGCCAUCUCCGAGCUCUGUAACACACUGAAGCCUUACGCACUGUCCAUUGUGGAGUCGUCCAAGGUCUAUGACGAAGGAUUUGACAUCCCAAUCGCCAAGAAGGACCUGGACUAUGUGCGCCACAUGGCAGAUCGCGUCGGCAUUCCACACAGCAAUCUCUAA